AUGUUUAACCACUUGUCCAAAAAAAUCACACCAAGGAUUCUUAAGUCCUCAAUAGCUUUGACAACGUCGCGCUCAUUUAUUACAGCUUCCCCAGUGUUCGAAGAGGCUGGCUUGUCCUCUUCGAUCCAACCUGUCAAGGGAAAGAAAAGAUCGAAAAAGAGAAAGAGCCAAAAGGACCUCGAAAAGCCAAAGAGACCAAUGAGUGCCUUCUCUCUUUACUACAAGGAGCGUCGUGCUGAAUUGGGAAAGACAGACACUCCGCCAACAGAUGCAAUGAAGCAAAUUGCUGAGAAAUGGAGAGAGGAAUCAUCAGAUGUCAAGGAGAAGUACAACGCUCUUAAGGAAGAGGCUAAAGCUGAAUAUGACCGUAAGAUGGCGGAAUGGAAAGCUAAAUAUCCACCUAAGCUUUCAGGCUACAAUAAGUUUGUUAAAGUCAAUUUCAACAGAGCCAAUGUGACAUCUGCUUCGCAGCUGCCAACUGAAUCUAAGAGGGUUGCUGCUCUCUGGAGACAAUUGACCCCUGAGGAAAAGAAACAGUGGAACAGCAAAUAA